CUCACACGCAUCAUCGUGUUUUGAUUCAGUCGACGCAGAAAUGAAGGAGUAUUCACAGAUGGGUCGGCUGACGAAGCGUUUGUGCGUCAGAGUGAGAGAGGGGGGUCAAUGCAGCUCUGAUAAAGGAGAUUUGAUCUUAUGAAAAUCAUGGCGAGUGGGCUGGUUCAUUCCAGCAGGUGGCUGCUCGGAGAACCUCUCAACCCAGGUACAGACAGUCCUGCACUCGGAUCAGUGUUUAACUUUACAGAAAGCCUCUGGAAGAUGCAUCACACACAGUAUACAUCUGUGAGCCGCACGGAUGAAAUCACUGUGAAGACUGAAAAUGGACCCCGACGCAAAAAAUACCGCUACGUACGUAAAGAAGGCAGCUCUAACAUCAUGUUUCGCCAUGUUCCCGAGGAGAGGCUGCUGUUUGUGACCGACAUCUUUACCACCUUGGUGGAGAUCAGAUGGAGGGUGAUGUUUCUGAUCUUUGCUCUCUCUUACAUUCUGUCCUGGCUCUUUUUUGGGAUCCUCUUCUGGGUCAUAGCUCUCGCUAAUGGAGACAUCAAGGAUCCCAACACUGAUCCCUGUGUAUUUGAAGUCCGCAGCUUCACAGCCGCUUUCCUCUUCUCACUCGAAACUCAGACCACCAUUGGUUACGGCUUCAGAGGAAUGUCUGAGAACUGCAUACAUGCCAUCAUCAUUGUCACCAUACAAGACGUCAUGAGCUGCUUCAUCGACACGUUUGUCAUUGGAAUUGCUGUUGCCAAAAUGGCCUCGGCCAGAAAGAGGGCGCAGACGGUGGGCUUCAGCAAUCGUGCUGUCAUUAACCUUCGUAAUGGUUACCUUUAUCUUUCUUGGAGAGUUGGAGACUUCCGCAGGUACCACUUGGUGGAGGGGACAGCUACCGCCCAGAUAGUCCGCAGUAUGAUGCACACCACUGGGAGAGUUGAUGUGACUUACGAAGACUUGGUCAUCCAGCAGAAGGACAUCAUCCUUGCUACACCAACCACCAUCUAUCACAAGAUUGAACCUGACAGCCCGCUGUACACCAUGACUUAUGCUGAUCUGCAGAGAGCAGACUUUGAACUGGUUGUGUCAUUUACCUAUACAGACGACUCCACAGGUAUUCUGCAUCAGACCCGAACCUCUUACACUCCAAACGAGAUCCUCUGGGGUCAGCUGUUCCAGGAGAUGAUCAGAGUCGGCAGGAAGAGCUACAGGGUGGAUUACAACUUGUUCCAUCGCACUGAGAAGGUGCAUGUCCCCCUGGUUAGCGCUAAGGAGUUCGAAGAGAAGAAGCAACUGCGGCUCACACAACACUCACCUCGACAUUCACCCAGAUCUUCCCCGCGGCUCUCUUCACGAUCGCCAUCUCAGGAUCACCGCGAUAAAUAUUUGAAACCCCCGAUGGUAAAGGUGGAACUUGUGAGUGACAGCCAACCUGAACCAAGUGUUGCACCAUCUCAAUCAGACAAAAGUCAGGAUCAAGAAACUCUGAUUCAGCCAAAUAAUCAGACAAGUGAAGAAAAUUGAAAGCAAAGCUGUGAAAUUCUAUUUCGUCAAAGAAUCCUGCAAUGGUGUUCAUGAUGGGACAAAGUUUGAGCUUGUGCAAAAAUAAUUGCUUGAGAAAUUGAUAAAGAGUUUCAAAUAUAGACAGGUUUUUGGGAAAUAUCACUUGAUUUUAGAAAAGUAGGUGACGAUAGCAGGUAUGGCCAUCCAGAUUCUGAAGUUCUAACCUCACAGAAGCUUGAUAAACCCUUUGCUUUAUGUACAAGCAGCUGGAUGGUCCUUGUGGCCCAAAACACAGUUAAAAUACCCAGUGCUGUCACCAGACAGAGGUCAUUGUUCUAACUUUUGUUGAGGCCUCCCAAUGUAAGGCCAUGUGAGAUCUUAUAUCUUCCUCAUUGAGCGUGGCUUCGUACAUCUUAAUUUUCUUUGUUUUAAUGCAGGAAGAUGUCAGGGAUUAAAAAUGACGAAUGAAACUCAAAGGAUUUAUUGGUCCAAGGAACUUCAUAACUCAUUUUACCGACUUUUCAAGCCUACAGAAGAUAAAUGAUGAUGUGUGGGUGUGUAUAACUUUAACAUUUAAAUUCAUAUUUUGGGUCAUCGGCCUCUUGGUGUUAUAAAAACCGUACAUCACAGCUGAUUGGUAGUUCUUGCUGGGAAAAUAAAGGACAAUGGACUGACAAACUCUCAGUAACAGCAGGGAUACGCUUCAGUCCCCCUGAGAACAAAAUUGUAUAAGUCGCAAAGAAAUUUCAUGAAUGAAAUGUACAUCUUCCACUUUUGAACCAAUGACCGUUUCUGUGUCAAAACACGGGCACAACAAUGCAGUGCAAACACAAACCCUUGCUUAGCUUAUUGUCAAAAUAACCUGAUAGUACAGCACCUGAGUAUCAGGCUUAGUACAACAUUUUUUACCACUUAUUAUGUGGAGUUCUUAAAACUAGAGGUCACAGGAUCAGAAAGUUUAUUUGAAAAACACUGGAGAUGAGUUCAUCCACGCUCGGCUACACUGGGGUACAACCAGGCUGCAAUAACCACAAGCACGUAACUGUGAUUACUGAUUACCAUGCUGACUGGUUUGGGUUUAGCGGGUGUCACUCUGUGUUAAAAACAUGAAGUUUUAAACCUGCACUGAGAAAUGUUUAUGAAGCAAAAAUGAUCAUAUGAAUGUGUGGGUUAAAAAAUAAGUAAUUAUGAGCCAGGCUGAGAUAAUCAAGAACAGCCUCUAAAGAGGAAGGCAAUAUGACUUUGACUCAAGAGGUCAAAUUUUUAAUAUAAAGUUUAAAGUCUGCUGAUGGUAAAUAAAUUUAAGUCAUGGGGGUGACUACAGUAACAUCCCAUAUUAUGAGGUAUUCAAAGUUUAUAUAACACACAGGGAAUAUGUAAUGUUUUUUUAAUGUUUGUGGUGGAGGAAUCUUUGUUUAGUCAUUUUAAAUAAAACCUGUUCUUCAAA